UCCGGUUGGGCAGCUGCUUCUGGGAAACCGCGGCAGAUGGGAGUUUGGGGAGUACGGUGACCCAGCUACGAUUCUCUCAAAGGUCGCCCUCCCCCUGGACUUUGAAAUGCUUUACAUGAUCGGUUUGGGCCUGGGAGAUGCCAAGGACAUCACAGUCAAGGGGCUGGAAGUUGUAAGACGCUGCAGUCGAGUGUAUCUGGAAGCCUAUACCUCAGUCCUGACUGUAGGGAAGGAAGUUCUGGAAGAGUUUUAUGGAAGAAAAUUGAUUCUCGCUGAUAGAGAAGAAGUGGAACAGGAAGCAAAUAAUAUUUUAAAGGAUGCUGAUAUCAGUGAUGUCGCAUUCCUUGUAGUUGGUGAUCCAUUUGGAGCUACAACACAUAGCGAUCUUAUUCUGAGAGCAACGAAACUGGGAAUCCCUUACCGAGUUAUUCACAAUGCUUCCAUAAUGAAUGCUGUAGGCUGCUGCGGUUUACAGGCUGCUGACAUUCAUUUUACAAGUUUGAUAUCUGUGUUCUGA